UUCAGCUUUUACAUUUCUUCCUGUAAUAAUUAUAUAAAAUCAAAUUUACCUUCCAGAGGAACCUACCUUCACCAGGAUUCCAAGUCGAUAUUGUGAUGGUAGAUUAUGAUGGUUCUCCACUUCAAAAGCCUGGGAGCACGGACGUCAGUAGGGCUGGUGGGAGCUCGGUAACUGAGAGUGCCACAAGUGAAAGCAGCAAACCAUCUCCUGAAGCAAAUAAGGACUUGGGGAGUCAUGACAAGGAUGGUAUCUUCUCAGACAGUGAUGCAGAAGACACUGGGUCUUCAUCCAGCAGGUAUGCCCAAGCAGUCAGUAAUGGCAGAGGACCUUCUAUUUUUGGAGGAUCUGAAAGCAAGGCUUCACUUAAAGAAACAACAGAAAUAGCACAGGGCAUCGAACAAGUUUCAUUGAAAAAUGAAGGGGUUACUCAAAGCCCUGAUGCUAGAGUGACAAAUGAUGAAAACAGUAGUAAGAGUUGCUCGAUGUUGGAAGCCCACAGUUUGGAUUCAACUAGUGCAAGUGUAAUCGAGGCAAUUGCUGCUGGUGCUUCUGUCUUCUCCUUCGGUGAUGAAGAUGACUUGGAAGUGAGUGAUCUAGCCAUCUGAGGUCCCUCAUUUGUGUGGAUGGAUUGCAUAAGGGGCCAAAAAGUUUGUGAAGCAUGCCUGAUCUCAACUAAGAAUAUCAAUUCAUUUUUUCUUCCAUUUCGUACAACAUUUGUUAAGAAUUCUUGUCAAGCCAGUUAUAUACAAUUUAUGACAGUUUAAUUGAUUUCAGCAACAUAUUCUAU